AUGGGCCCGUCCGAUGACAAGUCCCCGGUGCAGAGCGUCCAAGAACUUCUUGGGGUGAUCAGAACUGGUCUGGGCACUGCUCUGGAUCUCAAGUCGUUGUUUGGUCUAGGGGUUGUGGGCCUGGCUGCCGCAACCGCGAGGCAUAACCAGAGCGUGAGGCCCGUGGUUCGACUCUAUGACCGACUCCUUGAAGAAGCAGGGCCUCUAGUAGGCGCUCGGGUGAAGAUGACCACGGAUCCCUACCGUGCCUUGCACCAACAGAAAGCCCUGAUCUUGCAGGGCCGCAACAAGGAGGGCAAGACAACCCUUCUCUGCACGGCCCUGCCAUGGUACCAUCGGCGAGGCCCAUGGGCCUACUACGGCCUGUACUUCAACGGCGGGCACGGCAAGGCCGUCAGCAACUUCGAAAAGUGGCACACCGUCCAGCUCUUCGGCAACCUGAACAUGGGUGGCUCGGAGACCCAGUACGCCGUCAACACCUACAGGGAGAAGCAGCACCUGCGGGUCUGGCUACACGGUUGGGGCCUGCCCAUCGCCCCGAAGCCGUGCUACAUCAUCGUGGAUCAGUUCGAGGAGCUUCUGCGGCGAUUUCCGAAAGAGGCAUUGGACUGGGCGAACUCCCUGACCAACACGCAGGCUCGCGAAGGCAAAGCGAGGGUGAUCUUCGUCGUGAACUCCGAUGCCGGUGCCCAGACUCUCCUCAACUUAAAUCAGGGACCUCGCUUCACCAAGUUGAGCAUGGAGCCUCCCUCCGGCGAGGGUGCGGACCUUGACCAGGACCUCUUCGGCAAGUGCGGCCGCAACAUCGGCCUGUACAAGCAGGUGCUUGCCGAGAUCGACCGUGGCGCCAUCGAGAAGAGUAAGGAGGAGACCUUCAUCGAGGAGCAAGUCCAGCACUGGGAGCAGGACUUCCACAUCCC